AUGUCUUACUUUCCUGGUUCUGGAACCGGUUCGUUAGUGGACUUACUUAGUUCACAAACCCAAACAGUUUCUUUUGGAAGCUUUCCAUCUGUAGCUAGUCUAGGAACCGAAGCUUCAAACCCUCAUGGAGUCACUCCUGCUGCGCCAAAACAACGAAGGAAAUGGACACAAGAGGAUGACAUUGUUCUCAUCAGCAGCUGGUUGAACACGAGCAAAGAUGCAGUGGUGGGGAACGAGCAAAGAGCAGGAACCUUUUGGGACCGAGUUACUGCAUACUAUGCUGCAAGUCCUCACGCUGCUGGCUGCUUGGCGAGAAAGACUGGUGACUGCAAGCAGCGUUGGCACAAGAUCAAUGAUCAUGUGUCCAAGUUCUGUGGAUCAUACGCAGCAGCUACUAGACAGAAAAGCUCCGGCCAGAAUGAAGUUGAUGUUCUCAAACAAGCACAUCAUCUUUUUUUUAUCCAUCACAACAAGAAGUUUACUCUAGAACACGCAUGGAGGGAGCUGCGCUAUGACCACAAGUGGCGUGACAUUACUAAUAAUGAUGACAAUAAGAAAAAGAAGAGGAAGAAUGAGGAAGGUGAGGAUUCAGUUCCCUCUGAAGCAAGUGGAAGCAAGCGUCCACCGGGUGUGAAGGCUGCAAAGGCUGCAAAGGCUGCACAGGCUGCAAAGGCGAGUGGAAAGAAGCCUGUGGUGCAUGAGAUCGUCGAUGUUGACAAGUAUGAGAGUAUGUGGACAAUCAAACAGCAAGAUUUGGCCGCCAAAGAACGGUUGUCUAAGACUCAUAUGCUUGAGAAUCUCCUUGCAAGACAAGAUGCCUUAGCUGAUUACGAAGAAGUCCUCAAGAAGAAGCUUAUCAGUGAUUUGUGGGAAGUACAUAGAGUUCUUGUCUUUUUGUUUCACAAGACAAGUUCACGAGAUAUCUUAAUGGAGGGAUGGAGGGAGUACAAGUUCACGAGACAUGGAGGGAGUACAAGUUCAGGAGACAUGGAGGGAGUACAAGUUCACGAGAGAUGGAGGGAGUACAUGUAG